AUGAAAGCAUUGAUAGAUCAAUGGACAGAUAGCAAGUCUCUCAAGAGAUUGCUUAGCUCGAUAUUCAUUAAAGGUGCUCGAUCAAAGCAAACAUCUGAUUCCACAGCCAAGCCUUUGCCCACAAUUAAUGCGGGUUUUGUCCCUGGGCAAACGCGGAUAACAACAACAUCAACUUUGGCAAACCAGAACUCGAGCAGAGGAGAGACCUCUUCAAUCUCUACGUUCGGAAGCGUAUUGCUGAGAAGAAUAAGAGAAAGUAGGAUCAGUCCUAAUGCGGAUAGUCCUCUUCGAAGACAACUUCUAUCGCCUUCUAGUGUAGUGUUGACUGAUGCCACAUCGCUUUCGUCUCUACAGCAACAAAAUCCUAGGAAAUGCCGUACAUGCUCUUAUGAACCGCCGGUAUCAAUCAUUGACCAGGGAGAACCACCAAGACGAGCACCUAUGACCGCAAGGUACCCCGAGAUAUUCACCUAUUUGGGCCGAAAUGGGGUCCCAAACUCUGCUCUAGCUUUGACAAAUGAUGUCGUAAGAAACUUGAACGAAAUAUUCUACCUCGAGGGACAAUUGAAUGAUCAUACCAGAAUCAUAAGUCGAUUGGACCAUGAAUAUGAGUGUGUUGAAAUGACUUUGAAAGAACUCAAUCAACUACUUCUAUCGUCAGGAACCACAGUUCAAAGUGAGCGAGAUGCGAAAUUGGAAGAGAUGAAAUAUCUUUUCAACGUUUCAUCACGCAUCCAAGAACAGAAGCUGGAGUUACUAGAAGCUGCGGAAAGCGAAUAUGAAGAACUGAGCGAGCAGAGAAUUAUCUUAUUCAAUAUGUUGAGAGACGUUUUCAAGAAUCGAAACCUUCUAGACAUAGAAGGAAAGAAUUCCCGACAGAACCAAUUUUAUCGUAUGCCUACGACACAACUCGCACCUCUGCACAAGACACCUCGAAUUUCUACCUGCAGUGAAGAGGCUCGAGAACGUAUCGAAAGAGAUCAACGAGAAGCUGUACAUCAUAUGAAGGACAUGGGUUAUCGCUUGGAAGCGACGCCUCGGCGGCUCGAUAAUUGGAAGCAAUAUUAUGAAGACGAAUAUGCAGAAUAUGCACGUGCGGUUAGUAAUGGGACAAUGGAGCCUGCGAGGAGUUUCUUCGAUUUGACUCUAUUGCAAGAACAUCAGGGAGCAAUUGAGGGAGUCAUUGAGGCGGAGAAUGACUAUGAAAAAGCGAGGGCACGAGUAAGGGUGUUGAAUGUGGUGCUUAGUGAUAUUUAUCAGUCCAGUGGAUUUGCAAACUGUCCAGAUGAUGGCUAUAGGAUCUCGAUGGAAGAAGCUAUGGUCGGUGAUGUGGAUAGAGAGUGGAUUCUAGACUGGAUGGAAAGGAACGAUGAAUCGGUAGAUUUCGAGACCGAUGAAGACGAAUGGGAAGCAAAAUCAAUUGGUUUGGAUGACAGCGUUAGCGUGGUUGCGAAAGGGAGAGAGAGAAAAAGAAUUGAUAGGUGGAGAGAGAUGUGUAUGGCAAUAGGAAAUGACUUUCCAGAGUUGCCGAAAGUAGUGCAUCAUAAGCCUACGUCUACGCCCAGCCAGAGUGCUUCGAUAUUACAAAUCAAUGAUCCAGGUAGCGGAUCCGAGACUCGCUGUUCCUCGAUCCAUCACUCGUGUAUAUCUAAUUCUGCACAUAAACUGUAG